AUGGCCCGCCACCAAACGAACUGCCACUGGGCCAUCGAAUUGCUCGAAGCCGCUGCCAUCUUCGUCGCCGGGAUCGCGAUCGCCGCCGUGGCCGCCGUCGGCUUCCUGAGGAACGGCGGCAUAGCCUUCCUUUCCCUGAGCGGGCUGCCUACCGUCAUCUUCUUCGCCAUCGGCUUCCGUUUAAGCUCGGCCGCUCUUCGGAAUAGGAGAUCCGCGUCGCGUCUCGAGGUCGAAGGCGACAAGGAGGAUGGAACGUUGCGUGGGAUUGCUGCUGGCCAUGGCCCCCAACGGCACCACUACCGCGGCUCCAUUCAGCUUCCGGCCAUUGUCAUCGCCCAGCUCGGGGAAUUGUCGCAUAACAAGGUUGGAGGCGGCGGCGUCGGCGAGGAGUGCGCCAUCUGCCUCUGCAAGAUCGGGAACGACGGCGUGCCGACGAGGCAGCUACCGGUGUGCCGGCACGUCCUCUACAGGGAUUCCAUUGAGCAGUGGUUGCGCGUCCACCGACGCGUCCAAUCUGCCGGUGCAAGGUGCCCAGAUGACUUAUUUUUUUGUCAGACUCGUAUUUGUGGAUAG